CUCAGAUGCAUCCUGUUUCCACUGAUCACUCUUGAGAUUUUUCUACAAAUUGUUUGGAAUCCACCUGUGGACAACCAUGUAUGCAGUUGUUAUCUUGCAUGACUCAGAUGAGUUGUUGGUGGCACCAACAAACUGGUUGAGCGAAGACAAGAAACAGUGUUACUGGCCCCCAUUCAAAUCACCAGAGAAGUGCAUGGAAGCUGUUGAGAACCGUCUUGAGCCCUCAACAGGAGAGAAACCAUGGGAGAAAUUAGCUAUUCUGUUUCGAUCAGAAUAUGGCACUUAUGAGCAGGCCAAGGAAAUGCAAGCAGAAAUGAGUGAGCAGAAAGAACAGCCAUCACAGUCUGCUCUGUCAGGAAUUUUCUCUCAUGGUACUAAGAGAAAACUUGAAACAUGUGAUUCACAUACCUGUGCAAAGUUACAUCCAGAUCCUCUCUCCAUUUUAGUGAGAUUUAUUGCAGCCUGUUUGCUUUUGUGUUGUGUCUUAGCAGGAAACCCAUCCUUUAAACAGAAUACAGAUAUGUUCAUAUUGAAGAGUGCGAAGCAGAUCAUGAUGGAAGUUAAAAUUAGAAUUCAAAAUAUUAACAGCACAGACCAAACAUCAAUUGAACAAAAAAACAACAUAUUAGAUGCCAUUGCAAAAAUGGACAAGAUGGAUAAAGACCAAAGAAGAAAGGAAACCAUAGGUGUUUUUGGAAAGACAGGACAAGGAAAAAGCUCCCUAUUAAAUGCAAUCUUGGGAUUAAAUUAUUUCCUGCCAUCUGGUAGUUUUGGUGCCUGUACAUCUGUUGUAACUCAGGUGGAAGCAAAUCUGAUCGAUUCCAACUACACAGCAGAGAUUGAUCUCAUCUCUAAAGAGGAAUUGGAAAAUGAGAUUACUUCAACUGACAACAGGACCGAAACUGUUAUAGAAAGAAUCACUGCACUGUAUGGAGCUGAUGCAGUUAAGAAAACACUGGAAGAACUGAAGAGAGAUGACAAAUAUGCCAAAAUUGAUAACUUUUUGUCUACCACGACAAAAACUAUUUCACACACUGAAGUCUCCAAGGAAUUUACCAAUGAUGUUGCUCAUUACAUAAAACAUGGUGACUGGUACUGGCCUCUUGUGAAAAGUGUGACAAUCAAGAUACCAAACCGUCGUGAACUCCUGGAGCACAUUGUGCUUGUUGAUCUUCCUGGGACUGGAGACUGCAACAAAAUUAGAGAUGACCUGUGGAAAACUAAACUGAGAGAGUGCUCUUCUGUGUGGAUUGUAAGUAAUAUCAGUCGAGCUAUUGAUGACACAGACCCCUGGAGUAUAAUACAGCACUGCAUUCAAGACCUGGGACCAGGAGGAGAGUGCAGAAACAUUGACUUCAUCUGUACUAAAACUGAUGACAUUGAUCCGGAAGAAUAUAUAGGAUCUGUACCCCACCCUGAAGAACAAAUGUCUUUAGACAAGAACCCAACAUGGUGCAUAAUUCACAGGAACAACCGUGCAAAGGAACUUGUGAAAAAUAAGUUUAAAAAUCUUGAAAUCAUGAAAUCAAAAGCCAGAUUCAUUAUUGACGUCUUCACUGUCAGCUCCAAGGCAUACUUAAAUAAAAUUCCACAUCUGGAACCUGCUGAAACAGAAAUCAAAAAGCUGCAAGACUUUCUGAAGAACACUAACAGGAGAAUUAACCGAGAACUGACCAGAGAUUAUGUCAAUGAAGCAAAGGGAGUUUUAUCUUUCAUUCAAAGUGUCCAACUAGAUACAGAUGAAAAAAUGGUGGAGAAAAAAGCUGAAGUCCAUGAAGCUUUGCUGAAGAAUCUAGAAGAGGCACUGAAGGAGUUGGAUUGUCAGUUGGAUUCACUUUCUAAGAUUUUGGAUCAAUGUCUCUCCAAAGGAGUGGAGGAAUCAGUGGAACAGUGUGUUAACACUAAAAACUCCAUGAUUGCAUCUGUUGCACCUCCUGAUAAAAGGGGAUUCCAUAGAACCCUUCAAGCAUUGUACAAGAACAAAGGAUUCUACUGGCCAAAGAACAGGGAUAAACCGCUAGAUCUAAACAUGUGCUUGGCCAAACACAUGCACGACAACAUCUUUGAGAAAUUUAAUUUAAUUUUUCCUGUUGAUGACAAUAUGAAAACAGGAAAAUCAGUGCAGGAACAGAUUGAUAAAUUCAGUAUCAUCCGAAAUGGCAGUGCUUACUCAUCAUCUUCCAUGCUAUACCACAUGGAAAACUUCAUCAAAACAGAGGAAACCAAAGUGAAGGUAUUGCUCAAAAGAGAAGUUGUUGUGAGAAAGAAGAAAAUCUUCUCAUCAAUCGAAACAACUAUUCAGAAUCGAAUGACUGCUGGCUAUGAGCAAGCUGCAAAGUUGAAAGGAGAUCAAGCAAUGAAGAGGAGGGAGAAUAAAAUAACAGAAACAAUUGAUUUGUUAAAACACAGCAUGUUCGAAGAUGCAAAAAUGGAAGUUCUGAAUCAGUUCAAGGAUUUAAAGGAGCAUAUAUGCAAGACCCUUGAAUCUGAGCUCAAGAGAUCAGUGGAACGCUCACUUUCACAAACCAGCAGAACCCCUCUGAUUGAUGUCACUGGAGAGAUUGAAAGGUUGGAGAGUCUGUCAAGAUCUGUCAUCUGACUCAUCGUUUAAAAGCAGCAUGUCAGCAUUUUUCAGUGAAAGUUAUUUUUAAGAUAAUUUUUUUUCUAUUAUAAAGCAUGCUUAAAGCUCUAUUAUUAUUAUAAUUAUUUCCAGUCCUUUAAUUUGUUUGACUAAACGUUUGAUUGUGUAACUAAUCGCAUAAGAAAAACAAUUUUUAAGUGUAGUCUACAGCAGUUAUUAACAAAUACAACUAAACGUAGGCUGAAGUAGAAUAUGUUAGUCGUUGGGUCAGUGGACUCAAUAAAUAAGGUGCACUCUCGUGACCAGUCCCCAACAGGAAGCCUAAACGGAGAACCAGGUAAACUAGAAAUUCAUCUUGGAUGAUUCACAUGUACAAGUUUUACAAAGAAAAUGGGACAAAGAUAUCAAGAAACAAAAGACGGAAAAAUGAAGAAAGAAGAAGGACAAACCAGGAGCAUCAGGAGAUCACUUCUAAAAUAAGAGGAAUGAUAAGAUUAAUUAGACAACAGGAAAGAAUAAAUAAAACAUUAAUUAGGGUGACCAUAUGCGCCGUUCAUAUGGGACACGUCCCAGCCAGGAUUUUAAUAUUGCCUAAAAUAUCCAGGUUUUGGCUAUUUGUACUGUGCAGAUUGAUUGUUGUGAAUCAUGAGAGCUAUCAUAAGAGCAGAGCAGACGGCUCCUUAUGCUUUUGAAUCGCUUUUACGUGUAUGUUCGUUCGUUUGACUUGAAGG